UGCUUUCUUGUGGCGGGGCUCCUUGUAAAUGUGCUCAGUGACGGGGAGGGAUUUGCCUGUGAUGGACUGGGCUGUGUCCACUACUUUCUGCAGACUUUUCUGUCCUGGGCGUUUCUUGGCUGACUUCCACUCUGUGCCAGUGGCAGAAGGAGCAUGAGUUAUAGUUUGUGGUUUGUGGUUGAGUAUCUGGACCUUUAAGUCAGAUGUGCAUGUGGAUGACAUGGGUGAUACAGCGAUCUUCUGAUGUUUAUAGCUCAGCCUAUUAACCACAAUCGGUGAGGUCAUUCACUCGUUCCUGGGGUGACAUUAGGCACUGGUGCAUCUGGCCUCACCUCCCUCAGUCUUUGCUGGCUUCCUCCGUAGCCAACAUCCAGAACCUCUCUCUGCGUGUCCGCCUGUUCCUCGGGUUCUCCAGGUGGGCUUCAGUGAAACAGGAAGCGGGCACCUUUUGGCCUUUGUACGUGUGGAGACUACAGGCAUUGCCAACAGCAGGUACCCAUCCACAAACUGAAGGUGUAAUUCAGAACGGAUACAGACUCGAGGCUGUGGUCAACAUAGCUCAACUGCAGGAUUUCUGAUCGACCUACAGCUUUCGAUCUUCAGGACUCACAGUUUGUCCUGACGAAGGGUCUCGGCCUGAAACGUCGACUGCGCCUCUUCCUAUAGAUGCUGCCUGGCCUGCUGCGUUCACCAGCAACUUUGAUGUGUGUUGCUUGAAUUUCCAGCAUCUGCAGAAUUCCUGUUGUUUUUGUUCAUGGAAAAUUAUAUAAAAGAGGCUGUUGAAGUCAGCAUCAGACCAGUGGAAAGAUGACAAAGCUUCUUCCUGCAACAGCGGUGGUCUUGCUGGCGUGCCUGCAACUGGGCUCUGCCUACAGACUGGUUUGCUACUUCACAAACUGGGCUCAGUACAGACCCGGAGAGGGGAAAUACCUGCCCAAGAAUGUGGACCCCUGCCUGUGCACGCAUGUGAUCUACGCCUUCGCCGGGAUGAAGAACAACGAGAUCACCACCUACGAAUGGAACGACCCGAAACUCUACCACGAAAUCAACAGCCUUAAGAACAAGAACGCAAACCUCAAGACUCUCCUGUCGAUCGGUGGCUGGAACUUUGGAACUCGGAGAUUCACCACGAUGGUGGCCUCAGCAGGAACUCGCCAGAUCUUCAUAAAGUCUGUGAUCAGCUUCCUGAGGGGUUAUGGCUUUGAUGGUUUGGACCUCGAUUGGGAAUAUCCUGGGUCUAGAGGGAGUCCUGCUGUUGAUAAACACCUCUAUACCGUUCUGGUCCAGGAACUGAUGGCGGCCUUUGAGGCUGAGGGUAGGAGCAGUGGGAAGCCAAGACUGUUGCUGGCAGCGGCUGUGGCCGGUGGAAAGAGUACCAUCGAUGCUGGCUAUGAGAUUCCUCAGCUUGGACAGGUUCUGGACUUCAUCAGUGUGAUGACCUACGACUUCUACGGACCCUGGAGACAUGUGACAGGGGAGAAUAGCCCCCUCUACCCCUUCCCUAAUAACCAGGAUCACACCAACCUGUACUUCAAUGUGGAAUAUGCAAUGAACUAUUGGAAGAACCAAGGAGCCCCAGCAGAGAAGCUGAAUGUUGGUUUCCCCACAUACGGACACACCUUCUGGCUGACCUCAUCCGACACUGGGGUCUUUGCCCCAGCAAGGGGGGCUGGGCCAGCUGGCAAAUACACCAGGCAGGCCGGGUUUUUGGCUUACUAUGAGAUCUGUACGUUGUUGAAUGGCGCCACCGAAGUGUGGAAUGCCCCACAGGUGACUCCGUACGCCUUCAAAAAUAGAAUCUGGGUCGGGUAUGACAACCAGAAGAGUUUUGGAGACAAGGUCGAGUGGCUGAAGAGGAACAACUUUGGAGGAGCCAUGGUGUGGGAUAUUGCCCUGGACGACUUCACUGGCACCUUCUGUCACCAGGGACCCUACCCUCUCAUUAACACUCUGCACAAUGGCCUCGGGAUUUCUGGAGAUUGCGUUCCGUCCAAGACAACGUUGGCUCCGGCAGUUCCUCCCACUCAGGCCCCAGGCGGUGGUGGGGGCAGUGGCGGUGGUGGGGGCAGUGGCGGUGGUGGGGGCGGCGGCAGUGGCUUCUGCGCCAGCAAGGCUGAUGGUAUCUACGCUGAUCCCAAGGACAGGAACGCAUUUUACCAGUGCGUCAGUGGAAGGUCCUAUCUGAGGCACUGCAUAAGGGUGCUGGUCUUUGAUCCUUCCUGUCAAUGCUGCAACUGGCCUUAAAGAGCAGACUCCACUUACCUCCGCUGGAUAACAACAGCAAGAUGAUGCUGCUUCAUCAACUGUCAUGCUCAGAGAUAAUUCUUGCAGUUGAAACAAUAAAAUAAAGUGAUUAUUUCCAGCAGAUAAAUGGUGCUUGUUUAAGGUUUAAAUUCAACAGGUUCAGCUGGAAGGAGUUCCUCUGCAUACACUCAGUGGCCAUUUUACUAGAUACCUCCUGUACCUAAUAAAGUGGCCACUCAGUUUGUGCUCAUGGUCUUCUGCUGCUGUAGUCCAACCACCUCAAGGUUCAACGUGUUGUGCAUUCAGAGACACUCUUCUGCCCACCACUGUUGUAAUGUGUGAUCAUUUGAGUUAGUGUCACCUUCCUGUCAGCUUGAACCAAUCUCCUCUGACAUCUCGCAUUAACAAUCAGGAUCUGAUUGAAACGUAUAAGAUCCUAAAGGGAUUGGACAGGCUAGAUGCAGGAAGAUUGUUCCCGAUGUUGGGGAAGUCCAGAACAAGGGGUCACAGUUUGAGGAUGGAGGGGAAGCCUUUUAGGACCGAGAUUAGGAAAAACUUCUUCACACAGAGAGUGGUGAAUCUGUGGAAUGCUCUGCCACAGGAAACAGUUGGGGCCAGUUCAUUGGCUAUAUUUAAGAGGGAGUUAGAUAUGGCCCUUGUGGCUACGGGGAUCAGGGGGUAUGGAGGGAAGGCUGGGGGUAGGGUUCUGAGUUGGAUGAUCAGCCAUGAUCAUAAUAAAUGGCGGUGCAGGCUCGAAGGGCCGAAUGGCCUACUCCUGCACCUAUUUUCUAUGUUUCUAUGUUUCUAUGUUAUCUUAAUUCUGUGCACAUGUGUGUUUAUCAUUGCUGAACUGUUGCAUUUAUUAUCCUUUCGAUUACUGUGUUGCUUGUUUCUUUAAUAAAACUUUCUUAGUUCUAGUAAUC